AUGUUUGAGGACGAAGAAUUGCGUUCCAAGUAUACUCGAUUAGGUGUCGAGUUUAAAAAGGUUGGCUACUUUAUCUUCCCACCCGAAAUCUACUCUUGCAGCUACGCGAAAAGCACAAAUUAACAAAGGAUAGUCUUCGGGAGAGUCUACAGAACAUAAAACUCCUUGAGGUAGGUCUAUCAGGUCCGGGUAGGUUUAUUAAAUUCUGUCCAUCAGGGCAAGUUGAUCGAUCAGAAUGUCCACGUUCGAAACUUGGAACAGGAAAAGGAGAGUCUACUCUUUAGGACUCAGUACCUUACCAAACAAGCCACAUUCCUUCAGUCCCAACUGGAGUCCUCAACUAGAAGAAACAAGUUCUCAGACUCUGUCCACCAUAUUCAACAAGGAAGCAAUGCCGACACCGGUGACGACGCGUUGUUUCAUGCUUUACAGGAAUGCAGCACACUUCACGAGGAAGUAAGCUCUCUUGCCGUCUGUACCCUUCCAUUUGUUUUAUUCUCUACUACUUCCAAAUCUUGCUGAACAGUUAUGCUACUGUGGGGUGUACGGGGUGUCCCGAGAGUCUUGGUCACACCAAAAGUUCAGCUGCGUUAGGUCGUAGUUUCAUUUUGACUCCUUCUGUCACACCGUUCCCACAUGUGGCUUAUUAACGCCCCGCAAAAGGAUGCGGCUACAUCCUAGUAGCCAAUUUCCCUAUUGGACGAAACCAAAUGGAUGUAAUCGACGUGCGCUAGGUGGUGUGUCUCAGUAGAUGCUAGCCAAAACGCUGAAAUGUGAUUUCAGUAAAAAGGAUUACCUAGGUGUGGUUUGGCCGUUGACUAUCAUGCCGCAUGGUCGCAAGACAUCCCGUCACGCUAAGAUGCCGACUUUUACAUUCACUUCUUACCAGCCGUCUGCGAAAGCCGCAGUUGACAGAGAAGGAACUGCUUAAGUAGCACUCAUUUCUCCUAUUGAUUUUCGGUGCCCCUAUAUAUCUGAAUAUUCUUUUGUAGAAAGCAUACACAAAUGUCCUUUCUUGUAUUGCCUUAGUUGCAACUUACGUCUUUUUCGAUUUUUACCUCGAAUAAAGGGUGGUUUUCAGUCUUGAAAAAAGUACCUCAUCUUCUGGAUGCUUUUGAACCCGACCUUCCUUGCAUUUGCACCUCAGAUUUCCAAACUGUAUGCUGUAUGCUUUCCCUUUAAGAGGAUUCGUACAUUACUCUAUACUAUAUACGAUGCAUAAAAUUUGGCGAUGUGUACCGUGUUUCAUACUUUAUAAGGAGCAUGAAUAAAGAGACCUAUACGGUGGACAUUUUACAGUCUUGGGAAUCUCAUGAUUUUAAUUUUUCUAAACUCGAACACCGCCCUUUCUUCGAUUAUAAGACUUGAAGAGGACUUAAUUUACUUGUACCUGAUAUGGCUGCGAUCAUGCCUGAUCUAGUUGACCUCGAUGAUGUCCCGGACUGUACCUAUGCACGCCCGGCGAUCCGCGGCAGCAAAUCCGGACAGUUAAACCCAUUCUCUUCGCCAAUGAAGGAGAUCGAGUACCGAAUGUUCAAGGACUACCUCCAUGUCUUGACAAACUGUGUUGAGCCAGGUUUUGAGUUGGCUUCCUCAUCGACGCCUCCAAUGGGGCGACGGUGCCGGGUCGAGGACAGUCACACUGAGCCCCUGAGGUGGACGACGAAGAGCAUGCCCAGACCACCUCAGUCCUCUUUCAUGGAUGACCUGGAUUAUCCUUGCGAUGUUGUCGCAGCAGGUACGGACUGUCUCAUCUGAGACGAAGUCGGUGUACUUCACUUGAAAGAUCGUCCUCAAGCAAGGAUACCUGAGCCCAGUCAUCAGGAGCAACCUCGUCUGUUCCCGUUUGUUCAGUCACCUCAUGAAGCCAGGGCGCCAGUGUCGACACAAAACUUGUAGAUUUCAGCGAAUAUACUGUCCUCGGGGUGCCUUGUUGUUGCGUAGCCUUCAGUAGGCGGGUCGCAUGACACUGCAUAGGUCGGGGAGGGAAGAAACUCCGCUGCAGAGGAGAGCAAGAGCGUGGUGGGUUGGGCAUCGGACUUGAGAUGUUUCUCGAAGUGCUCACACCAACGGUCAACUUUGGCCGAGUUGUCAUCAGUAAAGCUGCCAUUCACGUCGCGAACAGACACUCAAUGCACAGGGCUUACCACUAACUUAACGGAUAAGUUGGUAGAAUUUUCGGCUGUCGGCUUGUCCACAGAAAACUGUCUUGCUGUAUGAUUUCAAGAUGACCUUUCCUCUUCCAUUUCGACAGUCCAAUGCUAUAACAAAUUCAAACGUGACUUUAUCCUAAAGAUACUUUGAUAGGUUGUCCUGCUGCCACUUCAUGUCUCACCCACCACCGUUCUGAAACAGGGGCAGUCGGCACCCCGAUAUUCCCCGUCUGGCCUCCUUUCUCAUCAUUGGUAGUUCAUCUUAAACCUUUUUUGUCUUUCUGAAGCUCGUUUCCCAAUCCGCUCAAUUUCUCGAACGGAUUGCUCUUCUGGAAAGUCAGCUGAGCGAGCAAAAGCGAGAACAAUGUCCUGCUGAGGCGCUUCACUCCGUCGCGGUACAAACGACUCCGGAGCCCCAUUCCGGUGUCCAGACUCUCCUACCACCCGCACGUACUCCUUCCCUAAAUGUGGGUUGCUUAAAAGCACAGUCGACUGUUUUGUAGUCCUACAGCCACCUGUUCCUUACCAGUGAAACCUUCCCUCUGUUUUUUUGUAUAAAAUUAGUCUGGAUCCGAUUCAGCAAAGGGCAGGACAGAUGGCGACGAAGAGGGUGAUAUAGACUCCCUAUGUACUGGCUCCGUGUCCAUUCCCUCCCCAUCUACCAGCUCAGGAGCUCUGAAUGUGGAGUUCUGCCCCCAGUCCGGAGUCCCAACCACUACUGCUGUCACGGACUCCUUCCCUACGGCCACCCUUCGAGCCGUAAAGCAGCCACCAAGCAGCAGUCAGUAUAUGCGCGCCGUUUCCCUGCCCACCUUUGCGCUGCCGAACCACAACGAUGGUGGCGUUAGUUUGCCACAACCGUCUCUUGACAGCGCAGCCAACAACAGCAGCAGCAGCAGUGCUGAGUCCUCCCUACGCGAACGUCUUCUUCUGCACAAAAUCGGCCAGCUGGAACGACAAGUUGCGGAGGCCUCCUUGCGUUGCAGUCUGGCUGCCCGACGUGACAAACUCGCACGAAAGGUACGCCAUUUCGCUUCUAUGGCACUGCAUGUUCUCUAAUCAAAUCCCACCAGCUGAGUCGCCCCUCUUGCUUGACCGUUUAGUUUUCUUUUCUGACUAAAUUCCACGAGGCUGCAGGUCUUCUUUUUCGUUCGCAGCUAUCACGCAAUUACAUACGGGUUGAUGGAGAGAUUUCUGUAUAGUCAGACAUACUGCCACUUCUGACGUCACUGGUGCUGCUCCUGCGUCUUGUUCAUUGUCUUAAUUCCUCCUUCCUACAUAGUGGUUCAGGUCAGUUGGGACUACUUUACGACGAAAUGACAUCAGACUUGGUAAGAAUGGCUGCUAAUCUCUUCCCUCCAUCCCCCUUAAUCAACACUCAGCCGAUCACUUUCUCGUGAUGAUUAUUUGAUGUUUUUCGCCUGGAAGUGGGCUUAUUCGCUGGGCCAGAUGACCCAACAUCAGUAUCGACACAAAGGCCUACGAAUGAAGGCGAAAUUUCAAGUUCCAGGUGUAUGCAUAAGUGAAGAAGAAGUAGAAGAGGGUUCGACCACCGAAACAUUUUGUUUAUUGUCCUGAGGCCACCCUGUUCUCUGUGUUUGACGAUGCUCGUUUAGAAGAUUCCCCAUACACCUUGAACAUUUAGAAACCUUCCGCACGAUGCAACUACGAUCGCAGUCGUUUUACCCCGGGAAGCUUCCUAAGUCAUCCUCUUAAGUGCUUACAGUCCGCAAUUCUUGAGCAGUAUUUGUGCGUGAGGAAGCGGCAGCUUGUGCUUUUUUGUCCAGCUGCUAUUUUUUGACAAUUUAUAGUGGUUCCUCGUUCACGCGCAGAGUGCGUCGGUAGCAUUUUUCUCUACCGUUUUCUCAUCUGCGCAUAAACUGGUGCAUAUUUUCGGCAUUCAACGAACCAUGAGUAAACUUUCUUAUUUCACACAAUCGCCUUCUUUCUUGCGUUAUAUGCAUCAAGCCAAGCUGUUGAUCGCAACCCUGAUGAUGGUGUUUAUGAUGAGACUUGUCAUCACUUGCGACCGUCUGCUUACUGCUUUAGACAUCCAACGCCACCACAUCGUCUUCGAUCUCCUCUUCGCGUGUUCUCGAUGUCAGACACCACCACCAACAGCAGCAACAAUCACAAGACCCUCCCGCGCAGGAUGUCCCUAAGCUUGUCGACACUGACACAUUCCAGCUCCCAUCGCAGACAGCUGCAGCAGAUGCGCCCGAUUUCGACGAGGGUGCAGAAAAUGUGACCACUCUCCUCUGCGAGGUUCUACAGUCCCAGCUCGCCCAAUGCAAUCGCCAACUUUCUGUCUAUGCUGGUCGGGCUGCCUGCGCCUGUGAAGAGGUUCUUUUUUGCCUAUUUUGCCGGGCUCAUUUCGCCCUACUUGCGUCUGUAUCCUCUGUACCACAGAUUCUUUCCUGUUUACUCUCAGCUUGAACGGGCGUAUGCCGUUCGCCUUUGGCCAUCCACCUCAGCGCUCUCUAAUCACACUUGUCAGCUGCACUUUACACCGUUAAAGCGAAGCCUUUCGGCUCUAGAUCGAAACACCGUCGCUCACAGUCAGUGGCUGUCCGCGUCCGUUUGCGCCAGUGUAUGUUUACGUCUUACGCAGUCUGUAUCGGUUUCUCGCUAACACAACCAUCCUACACUGAACUGGCAGCGAACUUUGGUGCCGGAAGAGCCUUCUCCCCUGUUCCUGUCCUUGUCCUCACACCUGCUAAUCUAGGCCUCCCAUGUUAACACCAGAGACCCACGCUUGGUGACAACUCGUGAAUGGUGGUGAAUUUCGCGCAAAAACCACUUGCCGCGCGUUCCCCAAAGAUUUGUAAUUCUAGGGGAACGACCAUUUUUCCAGAGAAGACAUAGUUUGGUUUGGAAACCACUACUUACUCAAUUAGAAAUAAUUUUUUUUUCUACAGAAGCCGGGAUUUCAGAAAACGACGGUUUUACAAGUCCCUCAGUUAAGGCAUAAAGAGGGGAGCUGCAUCAGAAUGAGAAAAAAGGAAAAUAGUAACAAAUAGAAAAAAAUCAGCACUUGGUUCAGUUUUCUUUCGCGUGUAAUGCACUAUUGUCUUUGUCAGACAGGGAACAAUGAAGUUGUGUAUCGUUGUUUAGUUAACGUGAUUAUUAAUCAAUACAUAUUUGCACGGAAAUAUUCCUCUUUCCCCUGUGCCAGUUUGAUGAGCACAAAAGUAUUUUCGAUGGGAUCGCGGGAAUGAAAAUCGCUUGGAUACUGUAGGCGGCGAGCCUGCCUGUUGUCUAAAAAGUUAGAUUACAGUCACAAGCUCUAUUCGAUCCAUAGGUCUCUAUAUUGGUGAACGGGAGCACUAUCAUAUAAGAUUAUGUCGUACAUUCUGCGUUGGUGGUUGAUGCCAUCACCAAAGACAUACUUAACAAUGUAAAUGAACACCCUGCCGUCAACAGUGUCCGUCGCUGCUCAGAUAUCUUUUUUGCACGGCGUGACAACGUUGAGGAGUACGCCCUAAAUGUUCGUUUCCGCUCUAAUUCCCAAAGCCAUUCAAAAGGUUUGUUAAUGCGUUUUACGGCAAAAACACCACUCGUUUGCAAAACCCACUUUUUAAAUCUCAAUCAAUGCGUCGUUUCUUAAAAACACUGCCAUUUCUGGUCGGGGGAGGGGGCGGCUCACCGAUCUUACUUACGGAUCUCACUCGUUCCGUUGUGCCUUACGGGCUCUCGAGUCCAACCAGCAGUCGCACAGCGGCGCAUGAUAUAGGCAGGAUGUUAUUACCGACAAAGACAAGGGAGAAUGGAAUGACCAUUUCUGACUUAUUAGCCUCCGUCGGCCAGUCAUACACAACCCCGAAUUGUGGAACACCUGGGGCUCGAACUCGCGACCUUUUAGUUAGAAGUCCAACACCUCUAACCACUGGGCCACGGGCCCGUUUUCCUGUCGGUUUCUAUCGGGAAUAUACCAUGGUCGGGGCGGCUCACCGAUGGUUCUCACGGAACUCACGCGUCCCGUUGUGCCCUACGGGCUCUCUCCCUCUCUCUCACUCUAACCCAACCUGCCAUUUCUUAUUCUUGGCCCCACCUGACUUAUACGGAUGCAAUAUCCGAUUUUCGGGUUCUAUAAGGGACUCAAUUUAAACUUUUUUUAUCUUUAUUAGUGCUCUUUUACCAAAGUUGACCAUCGCUCACCGCCGUGUCCCCCAGAGUCGAACUCAUUCGCCGCCUGAGCUGGUCAGUCAGCUGAUGGGUGGAUUGCGCGCAAGGGGCUGACCGUGCUCCAGCCUUUGUAAAUAAAACCUCGACCUAGCGUUGUGCCAUUAUUUCAGCCUACUUCUCAAUCUUUCCACGGCCGUCAAAAAUAUUUGUCGUCGUCGCGAUAACAGUUACCGUCGUCUGAGCAUUCAUAAUAGUGCUAGUCGCCUGCGUUAUCAAAAACACCGGCACGGCAAUCAAUCUUGUCAUCGGCACAAUUACGUUAGUAAUGUCAAGCAUUUGAUUUCGCCGUAGAAAUUUUACCCGCUUCCAAAAUUAGUUGUAGAUAUCGCGUUCAUCGCCUAGUGGCCACCGCUUCCUACAUUAAUGAUAGGAACAUCGGCCAGCUGGACCUGCUUAAUCUGCGUUCUAAGCGCUGGCCACAUCCUUCGGAGUGGCACUCCCUGCUGCAGAUGCAAGAUCCAUCCUCCCCUCAGAAAUCUUGAUUUGCACGACACUAGCCAAUGCAGGUGACACAGUAAAGCCGGGCCGUUCGAAUUCAAUACUUGGGCAGGAGCGAAACCAAGUCGACGCCUGUAAUAUUUACCCUCAUGGUUUACUGUUGAUAACGUUCAGUCGCCCUUAACAACAUCCGGAUAUGUUGAACGGGAGUUUUAGUGGAUAGCGUCGACCUUUCCUACCGUUCCGUUAGUAAACUGUUCAGAUUGUGUGACACUCCCUGGCCUUUGAUGUACCCACCUUCCUCCUGGCUUACUUUCAGACCUUUUGCCAAGUGUUAACUGCUUGCUGUGCCUGUCAUCUACUCUUACCAGGUACGGAACUUGUACGAGCACCUGACCGCGACCCGUGACCAGCUGGAGUCCCAGCGGCUAGCCACAGAGGCCGCUGAACAAAAGUCCCGCGCUUUGGAGGAGGAGCUGGAGUCUACCAAGAUGCGUACCGCGCAGCAGCUCUCCGAAAUGGCCCUACACAUGGCUCACCUCACCGACGAGAUCAACAGUCUGCGGCUGUCCACGCCAGCGCAGGUGGCGACUCGUAAUAAAUCCUCCGUGACUAACGGUGGCGGUGGUGGUGGUGGUGGUCACCGGCCACUGCAACCGUCCGCCGUCUCUGCUUCCCGUCGUCUUCAUUCCCCCGUCAGACCUCGCUCCGAUGGCCUCGAGCGCAGCAUCUCAGGUCCAGUGCCCAGUGUCCAAGAAAAAAUGGUUAGUGGUCAUCCCCCUAUUCCCACCCGCCCCCCUCCCCUUCGCCAAUUCUGGCACUUCGUUGUAUCUCUGGGUGUCGUUUAACGCGCGACCAGCAUCGUUGAGAGACACAGCACCACUCAAGUUAGAAAUUUCCGUAUCUCUCAGAAGAAGACUUGAGUUGGCGCCUCAAUACAGCAACUUUGACACUCAUAGCUAGGUAUGUAUGUACUUUGAGUCCCGCCAACGGUAUAAUUUCAGAUCCGUUAAUAGGAAGGACAAACAUAAGUACGUUGCGUUUUAUUAACGAUAUUUCGUUAGUUCCUGUUGGCCCCUUCGUGCCUCCCAGCAGUUCAAGUCGGAGUCAAGGGGCCCAGUGUAAGUGCUUGAAGAAGGGAGAGCCUUGUAGCCUUUUUCUUGCCUUCUGAGUUAGGCCAAACAAGCAAGUUUGAUGUGUGGGCGGCGAAAAGAAAAGAGCGCUUUCAUAUAUUACGGAAUAGCUUAAUAACUAUCGUCGAAGGCCAGGGUUAUUGCACACACAAACAAUAAUCGACACUAACUCCCUGAGUAAUCUGAUAGCGGACAAGAAACUUAGGUAAAGCCCUAAGGCCUGCAGACUAACUGUUGCCCAACUUCCGGUUGCCAGAGUGAAAUAUCAGUUGAACUCGGUAGCUGUCGAAUCAGACGCUUGCCGUAGCGACUGUGGCAGUUUAGAUGUUUUCCUGUUAUCUCAUAGCGCUCGUUUGGCGGCAUUUAAAAUGAUGCGCUUCAAUCGCGACGGUUUUAACUUAGUCUCCAACUUUUGGUUUUGUUCUGGUCUUGGCUCAUUUUCUUUCGACCUAUCGACUUUUUGCAGCAAGUAAGGCCGUUGCUAAGACUUUUUCUCUGAAUGAAAUGUCGGUACUGUUAAGUGCCACGGGACCAGUUGGCAUGAGACGCCUUUGAGUUGCCCCGGCAACACUGAAGUAUGGUAUUAUGUAGUUUUUUUAAACCGAAAAGGCAGGCGAAUCCGUUGCACGCCCAUUUUGAGAACUAGACGGCUUAUCUGUUGGAAUUUGUGACCAUGGACCCCCAAGUUUACUGAGCUACUGUGGUCCGGUUUAUCAUUGGCUACUAAAUCUGUCAGCCACUUGGUAGGGGGUUAAAGAAGGCAGAUAGAUGUGCCAGCACAACUCUUGCAACUUCUUCUAUUUCUGUUUUCCAAAAAUAUCCUUAAAGACAUGAUAAUUGGCGUUGAAGACUUGAAGAAGCCUAUAAACUCCAGUCUGGUUUUUCAGAAAAACUUUUCCGAAGGCGACGUUGGAGCUAUCACUCCAUCUGAUGGCUCUUGACUACUACAAUCCGGCUUAGUUUUCAGUAUCCACAGCAAUAUCAUGAAUAAAUCUUGUGGUUUUUGGCUAUAAAUAUUUGCUCCGCACUAUCGGUGAAAACCAUUGAUCUCAAAGGUUUCUUCACUGUGGACGAAAUUUACUGGGUCCGUCUUCGUUGCAGAACGCAUGGCCUCUUUCGCUACGUUUUGGAUCGACUAGCUAAAAAGGUCAUCGACAGAUUCUAUGGCACCGUUCCGUGAUAUGACCGGUUACAAACCUAAAUGCCCGCACAACAGGAUUAUUGAGUGACCCAUGCCUUGGUGAAAAUCACAUAUCUGUCUUCUACUGAUCCUGCUCAACGUCUCGCGAUCCUGCCCGUAUUGUCCGACGACCUUUACGUAUGGAGAUUUCUUUCACCCUCAGCUUUAGGUUAUAACUUCUCGCAAGGCGAAAUUUGCAUGUUGGCAUAUCGACUGUUGGAUUCCUCUGCUGGAUAAAGGCGGUUCGACUGCAAUAAAACGAUGUUGGCAGAUAAAUCAGCCUAUAAAGCUCUUACUAUAGACCCCACCAAAAUGCAAAUUUUUAUCCAUUGAUAAAGUACUAGAGCUUCUCACAGGGAAGAGGCAAAUAGCUGGGGAUAUUGCCAAAUCCCUAAGACAAUUUGGUCCCAUCAUCGUUAAGAUAUAUGGAACACCUAAGGUCCAGAAACCUGGAGUAUCACUGCGACCUAUCGUAUCAUUACUCGGUGCAGCCAAUUACAAGUGGUUAAAUGGCUAUUCGCCAAACUCCAUAUAUUGACGAAAGAUUGCGAAACUUCAAUCGAUAAUUUCAUGGAGGUCCUAGGGAACCUAUAAGGACUUACAAUUGCAGCGGAUGAGAUGCUGAUAUCUUUCGAUGUCGUCACCUUCGAAGAAAGAAAAUGACAUCAAACUCCGUUUCCUUUACAUCUUCGUACAGGCAAAGACUAACGCUACAUUUCACAAGUCAGUCGGCGCAAAAAAACUAUAGGGCAGUUUUUCCACGUUAGAAGAGCAAUCGUCCCCUUGCCCCGUUACCAGCCUACUUAAUCGAGCAAAAACACUGCUCAGUCAGCGAUAGUUGCCAAAUAUAACGUAGUUAUUUGUUUGGAUACCCUGGAGAUUCUGUACGCCGACGCACGAGGCAACAGGCUGCGGACAGGUUCUGUGGCACCGUUAUCGGAGAUGACCGGUUGGAAACUUAAAUGCGCAAAAGGACUACUGAGAGUGGUGAAAGACUCAGCUAUUUUCUGAUGAUCCUGCUCACCGUCUUCGAAUUUUGCCCAUACUGCAUGACGGCUCUUGUGUAUGUGUGCCUCUUUCACCCUCAGCUUCAGAUUACUACUUCUCGACGGGCGAAAUUUCCUUGUUGGCCUAUCGAUUGUGGGAUUCCUCUGCCAUUCGUUUAUUUUUUACUCUUCUCUUGUUGGGUUCAAGAGGCAAGGAGAGUUCAAGGUCUAUGCUUUAACUGCACCAAAAAACAGUUAUUCGGGUGGCACCUGCUGAUUUGGUUUGGACGAACGCAUUUCUUGACUUUUGCCCUAAUUUUGACAGUAGUGUUCGAUUAUGGAGCCUUCUCGCGUCUCCUCAUUGAAUUUGUCUUUCUGUCAUUCCCCUUUACGAGGUCAGUAGGGUAUUGGGGGCAUUGCGACUGCAUUCUACACCCGGGUAAUUGCUGUCUGUUGUCGCUUAGCACGCAUGUUACACACUGGCCUGUGGGCCUCCUCAUGCCUUUUUUUUACCGUUGUCUGGUUAGCUGGUGUGCAGUAACUUGUCCUUUGUGUUUGCGAUUUGUUUAUAUUUGACUCCUUUUUGUCUAAUCUCGCGUCUGCAAUUUCUAAUGCAAUUGCACGAUCGAUCGCCUCCCCCACUAAGUUGCACGUUGCCUUGCGGACAAUUGUGCUACUCAACUGUCUUGUGCAUCCAAAGAGUGUACGUGGGCGCAAAUACAACAGGGCACCUGGGGUUUCCGCUAACUGCAUCGAUGAAACUGGUGGAUACUUCUACUUUGUCCACCCCUGCGGUCAGCCCUCAUGUGUAGCUUCACGAUGUCACGCUCAAAACGACGACUGGUAACCGUUCUUAACCGGCGGGCUAAACCAGAUUAGGGUAUUCAACCCGUCAACUACAAGAUGUGAAGAAAUAAUGGCUAGCUGUCGCGCCGCUUUUAUUGGUAUUACAAGGGUCUCCAGCCCUGAAUCGGAAAGAUCACGCUAAAAUUUGGAUGUGUUAAACGGUUUAUGCAGGUGGUUAGGCGACUGCACGACGACCUAGUAGCGCGUGUCGCUGAAAAUAGGUCUGCCCAGAAAGCGGGGACAAAGCAGGGUUGUGCCAUCUCACCCAAGCACUUCGGCCGCAUGUUACCUGCCGUGCUGAUAGACGUGUACCGUGAGGGACGGCCUGGAGUCAGUCAAUUAUCGAAGGGACUGCCAGCUACUCCGAAUCCGGGGCGUGGUGUGAAAAAUACAAGCACUAAAGACCAGUGCCCAUGGCCUUUUAUUUGCGGACGAUUACGUGCCAAACGUCACGACCGAAGGGGCCAUGCAGCAGAACGUGAGCCUCUAUGUUCGGAUUGCCCAAACUCUGAACUGACCGUCACUAUGGCAUCGUGCCGACCCAAAAUUCUGGCGAGCGAUCUCGUAGAUCAAGAACGUCUCCGAGGCCGUCAGUCGCCUUCUUGCAUCACAUGGGGUUGGAGUUGCACACAGACCGGGGGUCACCAUGAGGCGUCAGGUAAUGAGACCAAAAGACCCACUGCCACGGCAAGAAACAUGUGUAGUCGUUUACCGGAUCUGGUGUAGUUGCGGACAAAGCAACUACGUCGAAGAAACUGGAAGACUGCUCCGGACGCGAAUUGCCGAACACGUGCCAGCGGUACGGAGAAAUGACGCUAACUCUCAGGUCGCGACCCAUUCGGCGAGACCCGGCCACACAUUCAAGUUCGAUGAGGCCGAAAUUCUCGCGAGAGGGAAUAGUCGCGUGAGCCGCGAGUUACUUGAGACAUGGCUCACGGGACCUCUGUCUAUCAACAAGUGCAACCACAUCCCCACUCCAUAUUCCGUGCUGAGGCAUAGGCUGGCCAAAGCAAUUGACCACUCGGGGAGCGCGCAAGCUGGUUAGCCAGAUGACCGAGCAAUCAUCGCGCCAGCAGCCAACACGGGUGAUGAGAUUUCAGCAAUUAACAACUUGCAUGCCGGCCAUCAAGCAAUUAGCGCACCAGCGGGCAACAAUCCUUGAUGAAGGGGAGCGCGGUCAAUUGCUGUAGGUAUGCGGUAGCAUAGCGACUGCAUCCUAUAAAUACCGCAACUUUUUGUGCACGAGUCUCCCUUUUCUGCCUGUCUCUGAUGAUGGGUUCAAGUGAGAAUCCGGAACGUCAGGCGAAUAAAGCCCUUGUCCCAGCGAUCGCUUCUUCUUUUGAUCUUCUUAAUUGUUGAUCUUGAUUCUUCUUGUAAUUGUACUUCCCAUGUACGCGAAGUUGUGCACCGAUGCAAGUCGAGUUCCAUUGACAUGGGUACUCUGCCCGUUGUAUGGCACAGGUUAACACAUUACCACUGUCUCUCCCGUGUUGACGAUCAGUCCAAAUUUUUUGCAACCCGACGCAAAAAGAUCCAUGUUCAACUGAAUGUUCUCUUUCACUGUGGUAUUGAGCGCGCAAUCAUCUGCCAGAAAGAGAUCAUGAACACUGGCCUUGGAGACUCGUCUGUCGCACACGGUCUUUGGAUUUCAAGCAGUUGUCAAUCAGUUUAAUGGGUGAUGUCGAUUCCUGAACUCUAUUCAUGAUGGGCGUGCAUCAACACGGCGGAAAAUAUGAAACCGGAAGGGAUGAGGACGAGUAUGCAGCCUCGCAGCAUUUCAUUUUUCGCCGCGUCACUAUCGGUAAUGCGGAUCAUCCUUUGUCGCACCCUCAGUAAAUGUCCCAAGCACAGUGCAGUUGACUGUAUGGAGGACCCCUGUGACUUGCCCGAACGUGUUUUAAGGUCUAGUCCGUAUAUGUUGAAAUUCCUGUUUUGGAUAGACGGCGAAGGUCAGAUCGCUGGGUCCACGUUUGUUUCUGGGUUUACAACAACUUUGAGAAUGAAGUCCAUGUUUCAUUUGGAGGUACGGACAACGGUGUUCACCUUGAGGUUUUUUUAUAAAUGGUUGAAAUGAGAUUUGUCUUUGUUUCCACACCUGAAGUAAUCAAUUUAGUUUGUUCCCACGUUGAGGGUCUACAUACUCGUAAAUUUUAGCCGGAAGUGGUUUGCGGCCGUGUAUCAGUUGAAUAAUUUACAUGGUCCCUUUUACCGAGAACGGACGGUCAAGGCCUACGUUGUUUUUCAUUUGUUAGAGUCUGUUGAGGGCCUAUGGAACACAACUGUGACAUGCUCCUCAGUUUUCGAGGACAAUCCGGUUGUCAUCUCAUGGUCUUGUGUGGGUCUUCCUUAGAUUUGUCCUUCAUGUCGUCUGAGAUGAUCAGUUGUGGAAGGGGAAAGGGGGGGAAGGGGGCAAUAACAUGGUUAUGAGACGACCGUUGAUGCCCUGUAGGAGAAGAGGUAGCCGUAUCAUGGUGUCAUUCUUAAUGGUGAAGGAGACUCUAGCGUCCUGUUGCCCUGCAUUUGGACGUCCGCGCUAGGUGUGUCCGGCACCCAUCUGCCCUCCUUGAGGGAACGGGUCCAUUUUCCAUUCUGUUCAACUAUGCUAUUGACUGGAUCCUCGGGAGGGCCCUACAAGAGGGUGACGGCGUUCAGUUUGCACCCGGACACCGACUGACUGAUCUCGACUAUGCCGAUGAUAUCCCCUUACUUGCUUCAAGUUUUGGCGAUCUGCAGUCUAUGGUGUCACGGGUGAACGAGGUCGGUCAAUCGGUCGGCUUAUCCGUAAACGCUGGGAAGACCAAAGUGUUUUCAAGCUGCAUCCCUGACCAGGAGAAGACACACCUCGGGAUUGACAGAUGUCAACUUGAAGAAGGAGACAGUUUUAAAUACCUCGGGAUGAGGCUGCUGCCUAAUGGACAGAGUAAGGACGACAUUCUCUCCUGAAUCUAUGCUGUCCGCUGGUUGUUCUCAAGCCUUCGGAAAUGCCUAUGGAUCUGACUUGACCUCUCCAUCGCCACCAAGAUUCGCGUGUACCGUGCAUCUGUCCGGUCUAUCCUUCUCCAUGGUUGUGAAUGCUGGGCUGUGCGAGUGGAGGACGAGCGAAAACUGGAGAUAUUUGAUCACCACUGCUUGAGGACGAUCCUUCAAGUUAAGUACGCCGACUUCAUCUCAGACGACAGGGUCCGCACCCGCUGCGACAACAUCGCAAGAAUAACCCAGGCCAUCCAAGAAAGAGGACUGAAGUGGUGUGAGCAUGUUCUUCUUCGUCCACCUCAGGGGCUCAGUGUGACUGUCCUCGACCCGGCAAUGUUACCCCAUGGGAGGCGUCGAUGAGGGGGCCAACUCAAAAGCUGGCUCGAUACAGUCCAUGAAGAUAUGGAGGUGGUUCUUGGACCUUCGGUACUCGGUCUCCGUCAUUGGCAAAGAGAAUGGGUUUAACUGUCCAGAUCUACUGUCGCUGAUCGUCAGGCGUAGAGAGGUACGGUUCGUGACAUCAUCGAGACCGUUUAGAUCAGGCAUGAUCGCAGCCGUAUCAAGUACAAGUCAAGUACAAACGGGUCCAUGGAGGAUCUGUUAUGCCCACUUUAUAGCCACCCAGUCCCCGUCCGGCCAGAGUUGUACCCCUUUCCGGUCGGUGGAUCACUGGAUUGCCUAAAAGCGAAGGAACUUCCCAGGCCGUCAGAGUGAACAUUGCCAGCAUGGCAGAUUGCCGGGAGACACGAGGAUGGGGAUGUGAUUUACCUAUUUUUACGCCCCAGAGACACGGGGACCGAGUGAUUUUCGAGCAUUUGUUUAGGGCUUCUUUUCUAACUCCUUAUCCUUCGAGGGGAUAAGCAGUUGUACCUCUCGACAGACCGGAUCCCGAGUUUGGUAACUCACCGUUGUCAUUUGCAUGCAACUGAUUUAUUAAACUGCCUCCGUUCUAGAUGGCUUAUUGCCGCAUUCAGAGGGUCCAAACGGUGCGCUAUUCGAAUGAACGCUGCGGCCAUGAUGAUCAAACGGCAACAACAUCGAUUUAAGUGGUGAAACUCUGACCUACACAGGGUACUGCGUCUACGUACAUACUCCUGGUUUUGUGAGUAAGGUAUCAACUGGUCUGUGAUUGGCGAGCCUUCUACUACAGACCUUGUAUUGAGCUGAUUGGCGGUUCGUUAAACACUGAUGCUGCAAAUAUAGGCUUAAGUGAUUUGAGUCAGUGAUUUCAUUCCCAAACAGAUUCCUAAAUAUCCCCACCGUCUUGUGUUACGUGGUUACCGUUAUAUGUCUCAUUUUUGACCAGUAUUUGCCAACAGUAUGCCCUCGUCAAUAUAAAAAAUUACACAGGCUCCCCUGGGGACAUGACUUAACGCCUCCUGUCCUCAUCCAUGGAAGACCUGUUGUCUAUAACGGGCCACAUGGUAGUUGCGCUGGACCAACAUUGAGGUCAGAUCGUGGUUCGGCAUCCGUUAUUUGGAUUAUGCACCCAUAACAAGUGGCAUGCAUGGAAGUGGGCUGCAAUGACACGCUCAGGGGAAGGCUAGGGGCGCGCCAACCACCUGCGCACCCUUAAACGGUCUUUUUUGAUCAGUCGUGACACCGGGUCCGGGUAGGAGGGGAGGAGAGAGUGCGGUAGAUGCUGUGCAGGUUUGCUACAAACUAAUGCGUGCGCAGGUCGCCGUCCCGGUGCCCACCCUGCCGCGGGGCACACGAUGGACAUCAUCAGUAGCGGCGACCGUCCAUGGUGUUAAAACGCGCCUUUCGACAUGACUGACAAAGCGUUGACUUAAAUGCAAAAAUUAGGGACAACCAGUAGAGAGAAACCGGGCAAUUUUCUCACUGUUCUGGAUCGUUUAUGUACUGCCUCUGGACCCAUCAUUGAGACAAGUCGCCUCUUUCCGCUGCCUUAAUUCCCACCAGAAGGCCUGACUUGUAAAAGGCGCUUCCUACGUAUCUUCUGCCAGCUGGAGUGGGAAUAUCGCCGUGCUGGGGGCAGGAUUUAUGAGCGUGCCCUUGUUUCCUACAUAAGCCCAAACUACACAACAAAACUGGGGUUUAUUAAGUCAUUUCGAUGAAGGGCCAACUGUGAGGGUGCUUUGGUUUAUCUGAGUUCCAGACAGGAACCGUGGGUCUUUAGCUCGAAGUAGGAGUGAACUUGGCAUUUGUUUUAAAGGCGCACAUUGUGAUUUCGUGCUUCGUUUCUGGCUAGCAUUGGGCGUGGUCUCCCUGUGGGAUUUAUAGCGUUCAGGUGAAAUGCACUCAGCGCAACUUCAGGAAGGCUUUGUCGAGGGGCGAAAAACUUCAUAUUUUGGGAAAUUACUUUUCUUAAUCGUCCUUCCUCGCUUUUCUCAAGCUUUUUAGUUGGUUAUGCUUGAUUGAAUGCUUGCGUUUUACUUGUUUUUUUUUCUCGAGUCCCUAGAGCCUUUGACAUUAUUAGGGAUUCGUCCGUUCAUUAGCUACACCCAUCAUGGUGUUCAAGGCCUUAAUAUACCCCUGCAGCUUGCCCUAUCGACUGCCUGACUAACUCACGAGGUGUCCUCUACCAUUGCGGUCAGCAUGCUCUGGUAACAGCUUUAUUCCUGAGCAUGCUACUUUACACCCGUGUUGUAUUGGCUACUACCAAGUCGGUACCUUUUGCUCUCCCCGUUUCGCUACCACUUCUUGACGUUCGUGGUGAUUCCGCCAACUCCUGCCAUUUGUCUGCUUACGACGCCUUUUUCAACUGUCGCGCACGGGCGCGCCCAUUUUAAUUUUUAGAAUUCCUUCUUCACUUCUCUUCUGCGGUGA